AUGAGGCCGACGACGCGCGUCCCACUCGCCCUGUUCGUCAACGCGGCGCUGCAGUGGUGCAUGGCGUCCGCCGCAGAGGAACCCCAUGCCAAGCCCGAUUUCACCAUCACAAUCGCGAAGGAAGGGUUGGAGACCGACAUCGAGCGAGUGGUCUGGCUCGGACCGGGGAAGGUGCUUCGCGUUGAGGACGGGACCAACGCCGCGAUUUUCUUGCCACAGGCGAAGGAGGGUACCUCUCCAUCUCCCGAGCCGCAGGCUCUUAACAGUGUGGCUUACGUAUUUGAGGACGGGAAGUGCAAUUUCGAGAAAACCGUAGAGUACAAGAAGCUUUUCUCGGGUUACGAGUUACCGUUAUGGCUUCGGAGUCCCGCCGCACCGCAGCCGGCAGAAGGGGUCGCUGCAGGUGUUGCCGCUUACACGUUUACGAACCCUCCUGCAGAGAAGUUGGUCGAGCCGGUGAGUUUUUGCGUGAGAUUCAAGACGUCGUCACCCGAUUCGGCCUCCACAAAGCAAUCAAGGAGCAAUUUGCCACCAGAGACUAGGAAGCCUGGAAACGACAGCUCGCAACGAGCCGAUGAUAGUCUCGAUCAAGAUGCUGCUAAAGGGACAGACGACGAGGUUGAAGCGCAAGAUGGCGUGAACAACACGGAACUGAGCAACAGGUUGACUACACCGAUGCCUUCGGCACAUGGCAUGCCUCAGGGUACCCCAGUCAUCGAAGUUCAAGGCCCAAGUGGGGUACAGGGCGAGGAGGCGUCCCCAGAAAACGAGACUCAUCGUCCGGCAGCGCCUGCCCUGGGGGGUCUGAAGGACCCCGCUGCCGCCGACGAUGACAAAGAGGGACCAACUGGUGAUGUGGGUAUCCACGGCGGUGCUGGCAAAGUGGAGAUAAGCGACAAGAACUCAGGCAACCUGCCUGUAGACCCGCCCAUCGAGAGAGACACUUCCAAGAUCCCCUCAGACAAGGAAUCUAACGCAGUCGCCGGUGGUGUUGUUGGACAGGAGGGUCCGCCUCAGCCUCCAUCAGCCGAUGAAACCGACGAGAAGGCAAAGGCCGAGAAGGAGGAAGAAAGCCCACCCGAGAGUAAGAAACAAGACCAACUUUCUACUCCCACGCAGUCUGGCGAGCGCGAGCCUUCAAGCGCAGAACCCACGAGUGGCGUCGCCAGCGGAGAUCCCGCUAGCGCUUCGGUGUCCCAGGGCAUAAAAGGAGAAAGUGGCGAGAAGGCCGGUCCACAAGAGGUCGGUAGAGAAGGCGAUCUGAAGGGGCGCUUGAGGCGACUCGCAACGCCGGCGGAAACGAAAGAGAAGUACCUGACCAUCGUGGUGCACUCGGGAGCUCGGCACGUCGCAGCCGGAACAGUUGCACUGGUUGUCUCUGUUUUUGCUAUGCUUGGCGCGUUUUUGUAA